CUCUGGAACCUGCAGACGGAUGAUUCUGAUUGGCUCAGAGUCGAUGAAGGUGCUCUUUUUACAUCUUAAACCAAGUGAUGCAGCUUGACACUCGUAUGUUUAUGAUUUAUAACAAGGGACGUUAUGAUGUUAUAGUAUUCCCACAUGUGAUGUGUCUCAAGUUGUAAGCAGACAUUUGUUUAUUGAGUCCACAAGAGGGCGCUUUAGUUUCAUUGUUGUGUUGAGACUGCAGAAGCGAGUAAGUAGUCAAAAAAAAAAAUGUAAAGGAUUGUAACGGAGAUUUAUAAGUUCACUAAAGAGUCUAAAAGCUACUUUGCUGUGUCGGAGUUUGAUUCCAGAACAUUACACUGUUCACAUUCUUGAGAGUUAAAGACAUGUCUCCGUCCUUCACCUCUCUGUCCACCAGCUCCACUCUACCUUUAAAGGAUGGGUUCUGUUGCUUUGUUUGCAGGUGUCCAUCGAUGUUUAAGAGGACGGUAUCUGGCACCAGGUCAGGUCUGCUCCACUCUACAACGCUGAUGGGGACAUCUGCAGCCUGACAUUUCAGAGUGACAUCAUCUCCAGGGUGCACUGUUAGCACAUAAAACCUCAACAGUGACACAUGACGAGGAAGGAGGUGGGCUUUACUGUUACUGUGUGUCUGGUUAGACACUAAAGUGCUGAUCUCAGAUGACCAACAUUUCAAAUGGAGGAACCAUCUCUACAGCUGCUGCUGGUUGUGAUCUCACUGCUGAGCUGCACAACAAACCAAGCCUCUCUGACUGUGAGUCCCAGCAGAUCUCAGAUGUUUCAAGGAGAGUCUGUCUCUCUGAGCUGUGAGGAGGACGGCAGCUCUGCUGGAUGGACUCUGAGGAGGAACACAACCAGAGAAACCAGGACUCAGUGUGGACCUGACUGGGGAAGACCUGCUGGUUCUUCCUGUAAAAUCAGCUUAAUUAUUCAAGAGGACAGUGGAGUUUACUGGUGUGAGUCCAGAGAGGGAGCAACCAGUAACAGCAUCAGCAUCAUUGUCACUGGUGGACCAGUGAUCCUGCAGAGUCCUGUCCUCCCUGUGAUGGAGGGAGAAGACCUCACUCUGACCUGUAAAACAAAGAAGUCCUCCAACCUCCCAGCUGGUUUCUAUAAAGAUGGCUCCUUCAUCAGGACUGAGCCUGCAGGAAACAUGACCAUCCACCAUGUUUCCAGGUCCGAUGAAGGCCUCUACAAGUGCAACAUCAGCAGUGUUGGAGAGUCUCCACCCAGCUGGGUCUCUGUCACAGGGAAAAUUACGACUGCAAGUCCUCCUACAUCCCCCUCUAGUCCUGAUUCCUUCCCUCCUCCCUCCGUAUUGUGGUCUGCUGCUUCAGUCGGUGUUCUGAUUGGGAUUGUUCAACUGGUUGUGCUGGUUCUACUGGUGAGACGAUGCGUCCGUAGGAAAAGGAAAGCUGCUGACGCUGGAGAUGAUGACAACACAGAUGACAUCACAUACACUGAUGUCCAAAUAGCACGUAACCUGCAAGUGCCAAUUUACCAAGAGAGAGAUCCAGCUGCAGUCUCCUCAGCAGUGAGAGGAGCAGAAGACGUCAGUUAUGGACAAUCAGUGAUCAAAUCAAACAGGACCAGAGAGCCUCCAGCAGACCCAGAGGUCCUCUACUCCUCACUGAGGAAGACCUGAACACCAUCAAACCAGUCCAACCAGUGGAAUCCAGCCGGCCAAUUACUGGUCCCCAGAGACCAUCACACCUCACUACAAUCAUGUCUUUGAUUUCAUAUCUGUAUAUGUUAUAGUUAAAUGAGAUUAAAGGUCCCAUGACAUGGUGCUCUUUGGAUGCUUUUAUAUAGACCUUAGUGGUCCCUUAA